GUGCAGGCAUUUUGUAACACAAAGACACAUAAGCAACCCCCUUCUGCCAGGAUUUAUCUGAAUUUUCCCAGCAUCUGCAACAAAUGGCUGCCAAGAUCCGUGGGCACUACAACCCCCAUCACCCUUUGUUGAGCUGAAGUCCCCCAGAUGUUGGGUGUCAACACACACAGUGGCCAUUCAGCACAUCUGGAGGUGCUUGGCUGGGGAAAGCAAACGGAAAGGCGCUCCUCUGACCAGGGGACUGCGGGAACAGUCCUCCCUAGGUGGCCCAGGGUGACCCUGGGGCAGCCAGGUGUGGACGGGGCCUCACCGCCCCCUCUCUAUCCUCCUCGACCAGCGGUUCCGCGAAGAUGGGAAAUUUGCAUGCGCCGACAGGAGCCGAGGGACUUGCAACUCCUCCCAGCACCUGCGCCCCAGCGAAACGCCCACCGCCUCGGCCCCUUUGCGGGGAGAAGUGAAACCGGCUCUGUGCUUCUCUGCGGACACCUGCUCUCCCACCGCAUAUCGGUGCUGCCCCUGAGCCGGGACGGACGCGCCAGGCAGCUGCACGUCGGCAGCCGCCGGGCAGAACAAGCCGGGCCCGGCCAAGCUCGGCCCCCACACUGCCUGCAACGGUCUGUCCGCGUUUUGGGCAGGAUCCGCCCCAGUCCUGCUUGGAGAGCGAUCGCGGGCAGGCUGCCGGGCAUGGCGGCGAAUUGGGCCGCGUGGGCCUUCCUCGGCAUGGGCGUCUUCUGGCUGACCGUCAGCCCUGAGGAGAGGCGGCCGGAGGCAGGCGGCUCCAGGACCUGUCCCUGGGAAUGCCUGAUCUUCGUCCAGCUGUGGCCGGGCUCCUUCUGCGUGGCGCUGGGGCGGCAGUUUGAGUGCGUCGUGCCAAAGAACGCGCACAACUGGACAAUCCACGGAUUGUGGCCGGACCACGUCACGGAGUGCUGCGCCUUCUGGCGCCUCUUCCCCUCCGACCUGGCGGGCCUGGAGUCCGAGCUGAGCCUGCAAUGGCCGACCUUCAUCAACACAAGCAGCUUCUCCUUCUGGGAGAAGGAGUGGCAGAAACACGGAACCUGCGCUGGCUGCAUCGAAACGCUGCACACGCCUCAGAAUUACUUCCAAGCUGCUCUUUUCCUGCACUCAAAAUACAACAUUGACCGAGCCUUCCAAACGGCCGCCGUUGUGCCAUCCUGCUCCAGGAAUUAUCAGGUGCGCCUUCUGUCUGCCCAGAUCGCUGGCUUCCUCAGCAGUCCGAGGGACUGGGGAGAGGUGCAAGAUGAGGCUGGCCAGAGAGAGCUUGGCCUCCAUCGCCGUUUUCAUUCAUCUCCUCCUAUCGGCCUGCACGAUUUCUGUGCAGGCUCUUUCCAUGCUGGACUACCAAGCCUUAGGCGGCCUGAACGGAAAGGUUCCAAACCUUCACCGGCGCUUUGGAGCCCUUCCUGGGAAAUCAGUAUGAGCUGCAGUGUGUGACUGAUGCCCAGGGACGCCAAAUUUUGGUGCAAAUCAAGAUUUCGCUGUACAGCAAUUUCUCCACUGGCUGCAUGAGCGGCUCCUCUGGGAAUGUGUCCCCUUACAAGCCCUGCAGGGCCGAGAAGGGGAUUUUUUAUUUCCCC